GGAUGAGAAACGGAAAUUUGGAAAGUUUUCCUCAAAGAACUACCAAAGGUCAUAAGGUCACCGGUUCCAACAUGGCCGCCGAUCAUGCGGAAGUUCAGUGAUCACAAAGUUCAUGAUCAGAUUUUCGCUCGCGCACAAGAAGGAUGCCUCUGAGAGAGCAUGUGUCAGGAUGGGUGGAGAGAGGGGUGGGUGUGGUCCUGAGAGUCCCCUCCCUGCUGCUACUGGAGGUGCUGUACCUUUGGGAGGAGAGUGUCGGAAAAUACCUGCCCUACAGGGGGGUACACAAACAGAAGUUCAGCUUCCAGUACCUGUCAUGGAAUGUUUAUAUACUGGGUUACAUCCUUGCCCUGACAAUCUUCUUCCUGCCUCUGAAGAAGCUCAUCCAGCUCUACACACACAUCCUGGCAGCAGUCAUACUUCUCCUGGGCCACCUAGCAGCUGGGACCUACAUUGCAGCUGAGAUCGAGCAAGGAUAUGAGGGGCUGGUGUUCUACGACGAUGACAGCUUUCACCGAUUCGUCGUUCACCUCGUUGGGCAAAGCCUCGCAGCGUUGGCGUGUUCCUACCUCGUUGGGGACCGAAGAUUAUGGCCAUAUUCUGCGUCCCUGAUUCCUCUCGUAGCAAAACUCUGCAUGAUGCCGCUUGGAAGUUUAAAACUUUUCCACACCUUUGCUGCUUUGUUCACCUCCCUAGAAGUGCUGUAUUUCAUUGCCAGGAACUUAUUCGUGCCAUACAGCCUAGUGUUGUCUGCGCAGAAGUCCGUAAGGGCUGCUACCGCUGUGGUUGGCUGGUUCCCUUACGUACUGUACCUAUGGAACAAGCUGGCAGUGCCGUCGCUGUUUUUGGCGUACUGGUGUUUCAUAUUCGCGGUGCAGCUGUAUCUGUUCCUCGGGAGCAUCAACCAUCCCGUACUUGAAGAGGGAACGGUUAUACUGCUCCUGGCCAGUAUGGCGGAGUGUUGCGGAAGCCCGUACGCGCUCCUCGGACUGUGUUUCACCGUCUCGUACGUAGCCCAGCUCAUCCUCACCCUGACCAAGCUGUACCUUCAGGGGUUCGAAGCCUUUAUGCAUGACAACAUCAUGCACAGAGGAGUCACUGAGGGGCUGACACUCCUUCUUCUCGCCUUACAGACUGGACUUCUGGAACUCAAGAGUGUUCAGAGAACCUUUCUCCUCAGUAUUGUCUUGUUCAUCGUGUUAGCUUCUACAAUCCAGUCUAUGCACGAAAUCACCGAGCCAAUACUUUUGGCUCUUGGUGCGUCGCAGAAUAAAAGCUUCUGGAAGCAUCUCCGUUCUAUCACCAUGUGCCUUUUCCUACUUACUUUCCCUAUGUACAUGACAUUUUUAAUUAGUAGCUUCUUUGACGUUGAUCUGUGGCUAUUGAUCAUCAUAUCCAGUUGUAUUCUCACCUCUCUACACGCUGUGGCAUCCAUGUUCAUGUACGCGCUCUUUAUGAUCGACGGCUAUCGCAACGAACCGUGGGAAAACCUGGACGACAUUGUAUACGCCAUCAAGGCGACGUGCAAGACGUUGGAAUUCAUAGUGGCACUGUGUGUCGUGUACUAUGGCGCAAAGGAAGCGCUGUUCGGAGAGUGGACUUGGAUCGGAGCAUCCGUUAUCAUUGUUCACUGCUACUUUAACGUGUGGCAGCGCGCGCAGCAAGGUUGGAAGAGCUUCUUGCUGCGUAGGAAAGCGGUCAGCAACAUACAGUCCCUACGGCAGGCUACGGUAGAAGAAUUAGCACAGUUGGACGACGUAUGCGCUAUAUGCUUCCAAGAGUUGAACUCUGCUCGGGUGACCCCGUGCAGCCACUAUUUUCACGGAGCGUGCCUACGGAAGUGGCUGUACGUACAGGAGAAGUGUCCCAUGUGCCACACGGAGAUCAAAUUCGAGAGCGACACCCAGCAAGACUCGCACCAAGAAAAUCAAGACAACGACAGGCAACACAACGCUGAAAAUGUGGAAGAACCUAGAAACAAUGAGAGAGAGGAUCCUCCGUUGGAAGGACAGGGUGAAAACUUAAAUGUGAAUGACAAUGAUGCAGAAGUUGCUAGAGAAAACAAUGAUACAAUAGAAACCACACCAUCUGAUGAACAAGACCCAAACACUGAAACCAUACAAAACCCUGAAGAUGUUGCGCAGUUUGAGUCAGAAGAAAAAGAUACAAACGGGAAACCCUUGAAUGAAAGACUUGAUGUUACAGAUCUUCCAACAGUUGUAGAUAAUGAAGUUGAAAAUGCAAAUGUAGAUAGGAUAAAACAAGAUAUUAUUAAGGAACCUCAGGAGAUGGUAUCACAGGAUGGAGACGAAUUAUAUGCAUCUUGUCAUUCAGCAAGUGAUGAUAAUCAAGAACAAUCACAGAUAGACUGGGAGUUUGUAGGUAAUGUAGAUAGCAAAGAAACACAGUAUGGUGGCACAGAACCUGGAGAUAAUGUACAACAUGAAGAAAAUCAAUUUGAAGAUAACUGUGACAAAGGAUAGCACAUGUUUCUUGUAUAUUGAUAGAUUCAGAUAUCCUUAAGUGUCCAUUAAGUUCUAUAGGACCUGGUAUGGUAGUUCACUGCAACAGAGGACUUGCAAGAAGAGUUUGCAAUUACGAUGCAUACAUCAUAUACUAGAUUUGUACAUAUUAGGCAACGUCGAUUUGACGUUUUCAUCUGUUUCCAUAAAAGUAAAUGUUUUUGUCAAACUAUAAAUCAUACAAACCUGUUGCCAUAAAUUAAAAAAAAUACCUUAAAAUGGAUACUUAGUUUAUAAAAUGCUAAAUUAAAUCAAAUUCCUAAGGUACACGUAGAAGACAAAUAAGAAAAGGUGUGAAGGACAAAUUUUGUUUAGUAUAUCUUGCUGUGUGUGUGUUUAGUCAUUUGUUCAUACUGAAGGCAACAUUUUUUUCCAAGCUCUUUAAUUACAAGUAAAUAUCACUUUUGGGUUCACAGAAGAUGUCAUCCAUAUAAUCAAAUCAAUGUGGGAUCUUAAUUGGUCAAUAUUAUGAUAAUAUCAUCAUCAUUGGUCAAUAUUAUGAUAAUAUCAUCAUCAUAAUGUUUUUUUUUUAAUAUUUGACUCGAAGUUUUGGGCAGCCCUACAUCUCAGGGCCAAAGAGAUGUGUCAUGUAUAUGAUUUAUUUUCUUCAGAAUCUUUAAUUAACUUAAGAUUGAAUUCGAAAAUAUGCAGAAAUAUAUAUAAAGAAAAUUGUUUAUGUCAAUGAUGCAAGAUAUAUGAUAUGAAUGUUAAGUUUAUUGCUAGGGUUUUUGAAUGUGUUUAUGAUUUUUGUGUGAUGUGUUCUGUAUUGGUUCUGGAAUGAUAAUCUGUCAGGGACAUUAAUUCUG